CAGCCUCGCUCCCGUUACCUCAGGAGCAGCCCGGCCCUCUCACCUCAGCGAGCCGCGCGGGCCCCGCUGGAAGCAGCGACGCCGUCUGGGGCCGCGUAGCUUCCGAGCGCUCCCGGCUCCAGGCGCGGCCGCGACCUCCGAGGGGACUCAGGCCGCCACCUCCAGCGUCCUCCCUCCGCGUCCGGGAUGGCGGCGACGGUGAGCGUGGAGCCCGCGGGCCCCUGCUGCUGGGACGAGCCGCUGCGCAUCGCCGUGCGCGGCCUGGCCCCCGAGCAGCCCGUCACGCUGCGCGCGUCCCUGCGCGACGAGAAGGGCGCGCUCUUCCGGGCCCACGCGCGCUACUGCGCCGACGCCGGCGGCGAGCUGGACCUGGCGCGCGCGCCCGCGCUGGGCGGCAGCUUCGCGGGGCUCGAGCCCAUGGGGCUCCUCUGGGCCCUGCAGCCCGACAGGCCCUUCUGGCGUCUGACGAAGCGGGACGUGCGGACGCCGCUGGCCGUGGAGCUGGAGGUGCUGGACGGCCACGGCCCGGAGCCCGGGCAGCUCCUGGCCCGCGCGCUGCUGGAGCGCCGCUUCCUGCCGCCGGGGGUGCGGCGCCAGCCGGUGCGCGCGGGCCGGGUGCGCGCCUCGCUCUUCCUGCCGCCAGGAUCUGGACCCUUCCCAGGGGUCAUUGACAUCUAUGGUGUUGGAGGGGGCCUGGUGGAAUACCGAGCUAGCCUGCUGGCUGGCCAUGGCUUUGCCACGAUGGCGCUAGCUUUUUAUGACUUUGAAGAUCUCCCCAAGGAAUAUGGUGACAUACACCUGGACUACUUUGAAGAAGCCCUGUGCUACAUGAUUGAACACCCUCAGGUUCUCCUCAUGCCCUUUAUUUAAUCAACCUCUAGAAAUAGCCUCCUAGGAUCUGUCACUUGUGCCAGGUGCUGCUCUGUUUGAUCACAGAUUUCUUUGGGAGACUAAUUUGGGCCUUUG